AAUGAGUGCAUAAAUUAAUGAUUUAUUGAAGAAUCAAACUAUCUACUAUUAAAAAUCCCAUCUCCUCAAAAAACCUCGCAAUCAAUAGAAUAAGUUAAUAAAGAAGGCUUUAAUACAAGAUAGUAUAAAUUAACCUUCACAUCCAAUUAAUAAUCUAAUUAAGAACCAAGAAGUUUUUGUUCCUUUCCUCAAUGAAAGGAAUUCUCUUGGACAAUUACUUAAAAAACCUCUAUUAGAUAGAGAUAAUAAAAACAAGUAAUUAAUUAAACCUUCACUCAAAAUUCCAAAAAAUUAAUAACUUUGUACCUUCCUUCAUAUCUAACCUCUCACCACUAAUAGAUCUUAUGGAUAGAAAACUAAAACCCAAUCAACAACUGAUUCAUUUUACUCUUUUUUUACACUUCAUAAAUACAAUUCUAACUUUCUAUUAAAGCAUAAAUUUAGUGAACCAUUAAGUUAAUGA